CCCAGGUCUCCUGCACGAGUCGCCCGUAACACAACACUAAUGCACUUCACCUGUUAUUACUUCAAACACCGUUGUCAACCGUCAACCGUCAACUGUCAACCGUCGUCCCCAGUGCCAAUUGCUCGCGAGCCUCCCCCCCCUUCUUCGGGGACGCCUCACUCACUACCUCAACCCGCCCACAACAGACACAACGUCGGAUCAACAAAGGCUUGGUACGCCACCAUCUCGCCGGCCUGAGGUGGGCAACAGUCUACCCAGUCUACCCAGUCUACCCCCCCUGAGCUGCUUUCCAUAUCCUGCAAAUCAGGCGACAAGCGCUGCCUCGAGCUUUG